AUGGCGAAGAAGGCGACGAAGAUCAGCGGCCCCGCAGCUCGCAAAACGAAGGUUGUCGGAAUCAUUCAGCAGGGCGGUGGCGAUCGUGCUACCGCGGCCUACAACGAGCUGGUACAUAAGGACCAGGCGGGUCUUGACCAGGUGCUGGACCAGACCCCAGAGGACAAGCAGUUGAGAGCCAUCCAGAAGCUCUCGACGAAUAUUCAGAUCUCGUGGACCCACGAGCACCAGCGGCGCACCUCGGCUGCCGCUGCGGUGGCCGACGGCUCCACGAACACCACGAACACCACGAAGGGUAAGGGCAAGGGCGCCGCGGCCGCCGAGCCGCAGCCCAUCGCCCUGGACGAGCACGACUGGUCCAUCCCCAUUGCGCAGGAGCCGCUCGCCAUCUUGGCCAUCGGCACGGGCAGCGACAACUGGGCCCAUGCGAAGAUCCAGAUCCCAGUACUCAGGGUCCCGCACGGCACGGCAAACCCGAGGAAGACCUUCAUGAACGGCGUCAUCUACCAGUUCGGCGAGACUGAUGUCACUAUGAAGACAAAUGUUGCGCAGCUCGGCGAAGCGGAUGGAAAUGCGACCUUCAUGCGCAUCACCAUCCAUGAGGCCGACACGCUGCUCGUCAACCCCGCCAUGAAUGAGGUUUUCAGCAGCCAGUUCAGCGGCGCCGCCCCCGUCGUUGUCGGUGGACAGCGCAAGGACAAGAUGGGCAGCACAGCCAACAAGCGCUGGAAGACGGCUCGAAAGUCUGACGCGAAGAUCUCCAUGGACAAUGGGCUGCGCGACGUCAUCAAGUCCACCAUGCAGGCCAUCUGCCCCGAGAUCCCACUCCUCGACGAGCCCAGCCGCCUACUACGAGCAGGAGGCCAGGCAGGCCAACGUAUCCUGGGAGCCGUGAUCGCCAUCCCCAAGAACCAGGAGGACGCCCUCCUCAAGUACUCAGGUUACCAGGGCAUCGCCUUUACCUUCUCUUACAUCGGCGUCGACGCGGAGAAACAGGAGAUCGACGAGAAGAAGGUCCACACCGUCUGGUUCAACAAGACUAUCUCCAUGCAGGAGGCCUAUGGCAUCUCCAAGUCCCACGAGGCUGCACUGGGUGUUACGAAGGGUGAUCGUGGACAGUUCGGACUACGAGUACAACGUGAACAUCCUAAGGCAGGCGAGGCGGCUACUGCUGUGCGAGGCUCAGCCGCGGCGCUGGCCCGACGCAAAUGGCGCAUCGACAACAUUCCAAAUGAAAAAUCUACUAAGGGACAAGUUGCGGACGCUGCUCAAACAGUCGGGUGGACUGCCGACAUUGUCUACGUGGGCUUCUACAUCAACGAGAAGACUAACUUCGCCAUCGCGCGCUCCGACACCGAGCCGACAAACAAGUACUGGAAGUUCGGCACUACCACGCCCUGGUUUGUCACCGAG